GCUGGCUGGGCUGGUUUUGCCAAAAGUUUGGUGAAGGUCCUUCUUCCCGCCCCUCCCUCUGUGGGGCUCAUCCCCGUCGGCAUGACGACGUCUCCGGGCUACCUGGUCAUUCUGUUCGGGACCACCGCCGGAGCCAACGGGGCUCGGCUGGGCUCUGAUGAGAGAGAGUUGAUCCAGCUGCUGUGGAAGGUGGUGGAUCUGGCCAAUAAGAAGGUACUCCGCUUUCUUUUUUGUUUUCUGCGCUAGGAAGUGUGGGCAGGAACUUUUGUGCCCUCGGCAAAACCGAGGUGGGUCGGAAUUAAGGUUGUGUACACCAUAUAUUUAAUACCCCCCAAAAAUCCCAUUGGGAACUGCAGUUCACCUCUCACCCAGCUACAAGUCCCAGCAUCCUUAAACUUCUGUUCCUAGGAUUCCUUUAUUUGGGUGUAGCAGUGCUUUAAAUGUGUGAACGCAGCCCAGCUCCCAUCCAGUGCACGGUUAUUUGGGAGUAAAUCCAAUUAGAUUCCGUGGGAUUUACCUCUUGUUAGUGGGGUGUUCUUUUUAAAAAAAUCAAUAUGCAUGGAUUUUGACCGUAAAGGUGUUUGAAAAGAAACUAGACUGCCCCCAAUAAACCCUUCCGGCUUAAGGAGUGUGCUCGAGGGGUUGUUCAGGCCCGGAGCGGUGCUGCUGGAGCCAGCCUGGCGUCAGAACGCGGCGAGCCCCGACUUCGGAUCUGGCCGGGCCGCGUGUAAACUCUCCGCGUGGUCCCAGUGACUGCCAAGGAGCUUGAAAGCAAGGCUCGAUUUGUGCCCCGCGCGCCCUGGGUGACUCAGAAACCCGACGGAACCGGCCUGCACGUGUCUACUCGGAAGUAAACCCUUCCUUACUCUCCCAGAUAAGCGGCCGCAGUGUAAACAAACGCUCGAAGAAACGAGGGCCUUGACUUCCAGAGGCUUGGGCCUACAUGGGUCAAAGAGCCCGGCGCUGGCCCAGGUUAGAUCCGGUUUACCAGCAACCAGCUUGGCCUGUCCUUAUCUGGGAAUGCCUGCAGGGGAGACCUUGGGUUGGAAGGAUUUAUCUCUUCCUUUUGCCUUCCCCCUCUUCUCCCCGACCCCUCCCUUAAUUCCAUGGAGUUGGGAAAUCUGCAUGAGGAGUUGAUCGGGCCCGAUCACUUGGAGCUGACGGACGAGUGCAAAGAAGAAACCGGCCUCGCCGAGGACCGCCUGGCGCUCGCCCCGCAGCUGGAGCAAGCUCUGAGACAGGUAAGCUAGGCUGGGUCGUGGGAAUUGGGUGCAUGCAGGUUAAAAGGGGGAGAAGUGCGAAGAAGACGCUCCAUUUCUCUUCAGGGAUGGGUUGGGCUUGUUUUGGGAGGGGAGGGAAAGCUGAGUCACCGCAGAAGGAGCAGGAAAAAGUCGACCUUCCUCGCCCACGUGUGCCUAAGGAAGACAGGAGAUGGCUUCAGACUGUUUUUCUGAUGUUUCAAAGCUCCAUGGCCUUGGCAUUUGUGUGCACACUUGCAAGUAAAGCCAGGAGGAUGGCUGUUGCUGCUGUAGAGGCAUCACUUCAAAAUAGGAGCACAGAAAUCUGCCUUGCUCUGAGCCAAAACAUGUGUCCAUUUUGCUCAGUAUUGUCUACUCAGACUGGCAGCAGCUCUCCAGAUUUUCAGGUAGCGGCUUUUCUCCAGCCCUGCCUAGGGGCAUCAGAGAUUGAACCUGGGACUUCCUGCAUGCAAGGCAGAUGCUCUAUCACUGAGCUGUGGUCCGUCCCCAACUGCUCCACAGUGACACUUACUCCCAGAUAAACGUGGCUAGAAAUGGCAGCCUUGAAAGGAAGGUGGAUCCUGUGAUUUCCCUACUGCUGGGUCAGAAAAACCCCCAAUUCAGAGUUGGCACACUUCCUUUCCACCUUGUUUACUCAAUUCUGCCAUUCCAUAAGUCUGUGGUUUGUUUUUGGAGUUGAGUAGAGGAAAGACCCGAAGAGUGGGUGCAGUAAAUUAGGUCUUUCUAAAGUUGCUGGUCACUACUAGUCACUUCCACACAAGCUGGUGGAGGCCACAGCUGACUAGCAAAUAUAUUAAACAUCCCCCCCCCCCAGCUAGCUAGCUAACUGAUAAUUGAGCAAUUACACCUUUCUCUAGGGACGCGGGUGGCACCGUGGUCUAAACCAGUGUGUUGUAGAGCCAGUGUGGUGUAGUGGUUAAGAGCGGUAGUCUCGUAAUCUGGGGAACCGGGUUCGCGUCUCCGCUCCUCUACAUGCAGCUGCUGGGUGACCUUGGGCCAGUCACACUUUGAAGUCUCUUAGCCCCACUCACCUCACAGAGUGUUUGUUGUGGGGGAGGAAGGGAAAGGAGAAUGUUAGCCGCUUUGAGACUCCUUAAAGGGAGUGAAAGGCGGGAUAUCAAAUCCAAACUCUUCUUAAGGCUUUCCGAUCAGAAGGUGGCACUGUGGGUUAUACGACUGAGCCUAGGGGUUGCCAAUCGGAAGGUCUGAGGUUCGAAUCCCUGCAACGGGGUGAGCUCCCUUUGCUCAGUCCCAGCUCCUGCCCACCUAGCAGUUCGAAAGCACACAGUGCUAGUAGAUACAUAGGUACCGCUCUGGUGGGAAGGUAAACGGCGUUUCCGUGCGCUACUCUGGUUUCGCCAGAAGCAGGUUAGUUAUGCUGGCCACAUGACCCGGAAAAGCUGUCUGUGGACAAACGCUGGCUCCCUCGGCCAGUAAAACGAGAUGAGCGCCGCAACCCCAGAGUCGUUCGCAACUGGACUUAACUGUCAGGGGUCCCUUUACCUUUACCUUUCUCUAACGAGGAGGGAACUGCAAGCAUACAACUGCCUACAAGGUCUUUCCAAAACAGAUAAGAGGUUAAAUAAUAACUCAAGUUACUAAACAAAUUUAUAUGCCCUCAUGUGGAACAAUGGGCACAUUUUCCCUUAUUGGUGGAUUUUAAGAAGCGUUUGGGUCUGUAGUGAAUCAUAGAAUAAAUGAUGUGCAAGUAUUGUAAGGAAAAAAAUGACUGUGGAGCCAAGCCCUUGGCGUGCCAUGGUAGGGGCAAUAUUGUGCUGCUUGUACAAAAAGUUAGAUGAAGAACCUUUUUUAAAAUCAUGUUGUUAGAGAGUUAUGAAACCCUACAGAUGGGCUAAUCCUACCAUGAGGCAGAGUGAGCCAGUUACCUCGAAACAAUUGCUGGGGAUGCAGGGAGUGGCCAUUCUUCUUGAGCCAGCUGGGAUAGCUCAGUUGGUAGACCAUUGAGACUCUUUAAGAGUGAUGGGUUCAAAGCUUACAUUGGGAAAAAGAUUCUUGCAUUGCAGGGGGUUGGACUAGACGACACUUGUGUUCCCUUCCAAUUCUAUGCUUUUAUGAUUAAGCAGCUAUUUGCAACCACCUGAGAUGGCAGCAAUAACUGUACAGUCAUACCUCGGGUUGAAUAUGCUUCAUGUUGAGCGCAUUCGUGUUGCGCUCUGCUGCAACCCGGAAGUAACGGAGCACUUUACUUCUGGGUUUCGCCGCUCGCACAUGCGCAGACGCUCAAAAUGAUGCUUCGUGCAUGCGUAGAAGCGGUGAAAAGCGAUGCACGGGUGCGCAGACCUGCCAUUGCUCGUUACGUUUGCUUCUGGAUGUGAACGGGGCUCCGGAACGGAUCCCGUUCGCAUCGCGAGGUUCCACUGUUAGAGGCAAUAUGUCUCUGAAUACUGGUUGUUGGGAACUGCAGGUGGGCAGAGUGCUGCUGUGCUCAUGUCCUGCUUGCAGGCCGCCCACAGAGAUGCUGUUGGCCACUGUGACGACAGGAUGCUAGAGUAGAUGGGCCAUUGGCCUGAUUCAUUGGUGGUAGUUCUUAUGUUCAGUGCUUGCGUGUUAUUGAUCGGAUCUGGCUCUCUCACUUAAUUGCCUUCUUCCAAUAUGUCACAGACAUGCUGAUUUUCCUUUGGGGAAAAUAUCUGACCAAGCAAGCAGGACAAAAGGCCACCUGGCUGGCCCACGCCUUGCAGCUUUCUUCAUGUGAUGCAUAUGAGUGCCGCUGCACUGAUGCAUUGCAUUACAGUGGUACCACUGGUUGCGAACGGGAUCCGUUCCGGAGGCCCGUUUGCAACAUGAAAAGAGUGCAACCCACAGCAGCACGUCUGUGCACGUGUGGGUUGUGAUUCACUGCUCCUGUGCAUGCGCAUGACGUCAUUUUGCGCUUCUGUGCAUGCGCGAGUGGCGAAACCUGGAAGUAACCCUUUCCGGUACUUCUGGGUCACCGCAGGACGUAACCUGAAAGAACGUAACAUGAAGCAAACGUAACAUGAGGUAUGACUGUACAUCAGCUAUCUUGAAUAAACAGCACACUGGUGUCAAUUGGACAGUGAGUGAGGGGUACUGAGGUGUUGGAGGACUGUGUGUGUGUGUGUGUAGCAUGUGGUCUACCUCAUACUGGGUCAUCUUAGUCCAAUCCCCUGCAAUGUAGUGGAGCAUUUUGUCCAAAUGUCAGAUUGAACCAAGAUCCAGUGGUUAAGCUGGUCAGAUUCUGUUUUGGGGAUGACGUGAGGUUCAUAUUCACCUCAGGAAGCAAAGUAACUUGGGCCAACCCUGUGUAAAGAUUUGCUGAAGGUUGCUCGUAUUUAAUUCUGUAUGAUCAAGAUGCUAUAAAAAAAAAUCCUGCCUCUCUAGUAGAAAUUGUGUGUGUGGUUUGUAUUAAUGGAGUCAUUAGCCAUUCAGACAUAAAGCUCACUGCUUGACUUUGGCCAGUCACAUAUUCUUGCCUAUCCUACAUCACAGACUAUUAUGAGGGUAAAAAGGAGCAACGCUGUGUUCUGCUCAGAGUUUUUUGGAGGAAGGGCAACUAAAUCCACAGUGCAAAAAAUACCUUAACAACAUCUAUCUAACUUGCAACCUUGAAAUACACCUAAAUCUGCUGAAGUUCAAAUAUUCUUCAUUAAUUUUGCUGCACCUACACUAUCUCUUGAAUGGUUGUUUGCUGUUGUGCAUUUUUGUGAUUCCUCUUCCAUUUGUUAACGUGAUUUUAACAGAAGCCUAUUUUGGCAUUCAGUGGUAUAAAAAUUAAUAUGUAUUAAUGUUUUGUUGAUAAUUUUACUGUUUCCUGUAAACCAUUUAGAGGUUUUAAUGCAAUCAAGUGGUAUAUACAUUUUGUUAAAUAAAAAUAAUAUUUUGGUUUGAAAGCCACUUCUGGGACUUCGUGAUUGAAAAGCAGGAUACAAAGUAACGUAAGCAGCACUUUGAUUUGGGCAGGUAGUGAAUCCUACUGAAAGCAUAACUGAUAAAAAAUAUAUAUCUAGUAUUGCAAAUUGUACUUUCAGGUUGUAAGUGGAUUUUUCUUUUUCUUUUUGUGUCUUGUAACUUUUAGUUUAACCAGUCUGUGAGCAAUGAACUAAAUAUUGGUGUAGGUACCUCGUUCUGUCUCUGCACAGAUGGGCAGCUUCAUCUCAGGCAAGUUCUUCAUCCUGAAGCUUCCAAAAAGGUAAGAAGACUAAGAUUUAAUUAAUUCUGACCCCUUCUGACAAUCAGGAUAUGCAUGAAUCUAUUGCACAUAGUUUUGCUUAAAAUGAAGUAUUUCUCGUCACAUUUCCCGUUUUCUGAAAUCACUGAUGUACGGGGAUGUGUAAAAGAAGAAAAUGGUUUGUUUUUCACAGUCCAGUCUUGUUCUUUUUUUGGGGGGGGGGGGAGUUACAGGACUAAGUAUUCAUUCUUUACAUGUUUCUGUUACAUACCAACUGCAGUUCUUGCCUGUAAUUUCUAUUGAGUAGUAUAAUGACCCAACAUGAAUUUUAAUGUUGAGCACAAUUGCAUUUUCAAAGCAAAAUUGAUUGUUAGAUAGCAUGGUUGCAAGUGUUCCCAGAUCUUGCUGCCAUAAACAGUAUUUAAAUCCUAAAUGCACUUAACCUAUGUACACUUAACUUUGAUUAAGACUCAUUGCCUUCAGUGGGAUUUACAUCUGAAUAAAGUAUGCAUAGGAUCAGGUUGCAUAUAAGAAUAUUCAUUUUGGCUUGGACCUAAUCCUUGGUCGGAAAUCCCGCCAAGUUUUAUCUGGCUGCGAUCAUCUACUCUGGUUGGAUCAUGUUUGCAAAAAUGCAGUGUACUCUACUUAGAUCUUCCUCUGAAAAUGGUUUGCAUGUUUCAUUUAAGUUAUAGCUGGCAUUGCAGACUUGGAUCAUAUAUUGCCAGUCUUAAAAACAACUACACUUUGCUGGCUAGUGUUUGCUUCCAGGCGCAUUGCAGAGUAACCUUUAAAGUACCGAACAACUUGGGACCCAUGUGCUUGAUGAUGCCUACUCCAAAUCAACCUGCCUGCAUUUUAAGUUCAUUUUCUGAUGCCCUUCUUCAAAUGCUACUUUUAUCACAGGGGAGAAUUGCUUCAACAAGGGAGGUGGCCUAUUUUUGGUACCCCAGUUGGGUACCUUUCCAGGGGGGUAUGUCUGGUCCCAACCUUGUUUACUUGUAGGUGCCAGACAAAAACAUUUUAUUUCUGAUGACUUAAACAUUUUAAAACUUGACAACAACUACUGCCUGCCUAUAUCUACUGCUUGUUUCCUUAUAUUAUCUAUUUUGUUUUGCUUUGUGUCUUAUUUUUUGUAAAUUACCUUGCAAUCCAUUGAGAUAAAACGUGUGUAAAUAUUACCAGUAAUGCAGUGGUCGAUCUUCCUUCCCAAGCAAUGCUUGCUUGGAAUUUAUGCUGCUUCUGUAUAAGAAAUCUACGUAUGCAGCGUUGCGUAUGUACUACAUCGCAGGUACACUGCAUGUAGAUUUCCAGCGCAUGUGACAGCAAUGCCAGUAAAAAUCACAUGUGAGGCAAUUUUUACUUUGGCUGUAGCUGAUGCAUUUUGCUGCUUAAUCUAUCAGUCAUCUUUUCAAGGAGAUUAAAUCUGUGCUCCGCACCUUUCAGAUCACGUUGUUGUAGAUCUUGAAAUUCUGGUCGUGAACAAUCCGUGCUUUCCAAGGGUUCCUAAUGUUACAGUAGCAAAAAUACAUGCAUGUUUUGAGUCUUGUUGGGUUUUUUGUUGCUUUCAAAAAUAAGGAAGAACACCAGUAAACUCAUCUUUCAACCCAUUAUAAAGAGAAUACAUAUUCUCUUAGUAGUUGGGUGGGCAGUCUGGAGUUCAGCACCACCUGGAGAGCCCCACAGUUUUCAUCAGCUGUGAGGCUUGAAGCAGAGGCAAAACAGAAAUCAAUCUGACACAGAAGUAUGCCUCUUUUUUUUUUUUUUACUUUUCACUUCAGCCCACCCUCCGCUAUGUAAAUCAGUGCCUGAGGCGUAUUGCCCUAUAAUAGGAUCACAUUGCUCUAGUGAUGUGCCAACAGAGCGGGGGAGGGAAUGAAGCUUUUUAGCCAUGCCCAAGGUUCUAAACCAUGUCAAUUGCAGCUAAAAUAAUAAUAACCCCAUUCAUAAAUAUAUAGUGGUGCAAUGCAUUUGUCCUUUCUCAAAAAGCCUUUGGGGUUGAGUUGAUAUGAAACAUAGCAAUAUAUGGUACAUACGUGUGUGUGUGUGUGUGUGAGAGAGAGAGAGAGAGAGAGAGAGAGGCUACUAUUUAUUUGAUCCUUAGAGCAGUCUUUAAACUUCUAUAAAAUAACAGAAUAAUGGAUGUGUGCGAAAUCUGGCCUUCAUUUGGGAUAAGCUGCGUAGCUCGUCCAUAGUUCUUCUCGUGAGCAUUGCAGGCUCUUCCAAUCUUGCAUCUUCCAAUAUAUGCACAGGUACAAAAAAUGCUGUGUGGAAGAGACUUCUCUAUGUCUCUUCUAUACAGCCAGGCCAAGCCAGGGUUCAGGGAGCUCAACCCUGCAUAUAAAUUAGAGAGGAGGUUUUAAGUUGGGAGGUUCUUUAUGGAAAUGUUUUCCAUAAUAAGAGAGCUUACUGGAAAAGAUGGAGAGUUUCUUGCAAGAACGGGGAUCCUUUGAUCCUCCAGAUCUUGCUGGCCUCAGACUUCAGCAUGAUCAGCUGUUGGGGCUAAUGGGAAAACAGCAACAUCUGGAAAGCCACAGGUUCCUCAUACCUGGCUUACAAUACUGAAGGAAUGUGUGGGUGGUGGUUUUUUCUUCUUUUGCACUUUCUUUUGCGCAAGACUAUAAAAGUGGCCUGGAAGGACUAUGGGAGGAAUCCAGCAUAAUGCAAUGGCAAUUUUUCCAUCGGUGCACAAGCUUUUCAGCUUGCCAGGUGGAACAAUACCCCCUCUCCCCCCUCCGCAUGCUAGUCUGGGGUUCUCCUAAUCCCCCCAUCAUUUUUGGGAGUGUUGGGUGUGUACGGAGGGAGGCAAGAAGCCCCACUCUAUUAGCAGAGACCCUUGCACUGGCUUCUGUUAGUGGGGCUUGUUAGUUGAAUCCUGCCCUUAGUCUGAGAUGAUGUGUUUGCCUUUUCAAAUGAGUUCUGCAAAACCUUUCUUGGCUCUGUUAGUCUUCAUUUCGUGAGUAAUUGUGAAUGGGGCACAAUUUCUUAUUAAACGACACUGAGGGUGAGCUCUCACGAGGGGAAACUUAGAUACCGGUAAGUGAUAAAAAGUUGACUUGCAGCUUACAAAACGGUUUCCUGUAAGGCUAACUGAGCAUGCUUUCAACCUGAUAGUGUACAAGCUACACACCUUGACUUACUAGAACUAACAUGUCAUUUUUGCAGAACAUCUUGUUGUCUGAAUGUUUCUACUCAUUUUUUGAUCUGCGGAAGGAAUUCAAGAAAUGUUGUCCUGGCUCACCUGAAAUCUACAAAUUAGAUGCUAAAGCCAUGGCGGAAUGUAUCCUUUUAAAAUAAAUGAAGUGUUAAGAGCAGUGCAAGUUUAAUCUUUAGAGUGUCUGGAAGAAUUGUGUUUCAGUUUAGCUUGCCUUUGAAGCUCCUUUCUUCAAGGUUCUCCUCUUUAAGACCAGUCAGAGUGUCCUUGGAGGCAGAAACACUCUCUGGUUCUUGAAUGUUGCAAUUUCUGAUGUUAGAUUUUUGCUAGAAGACCACAUCGUGUUUGCUACAACAGACUUGGCACAGGUACCCCUCUACUCUAUCUUUUCCAAGGUUUACCCUUGGAAGUCAGAUCAGAUUCUCUCUCCCGGCUUUUGUGUUAGUUGCACACAAUUCCGCCUGGCAGGGUGUAUUGUGAUUAGUUGCAGAGCUUAAUCAGACCCCUAUCAACCAUUGGGGCUGGGACUGAGGGGAAGAAGGGGGACUGUUCUUGGGUUUCUCCAUAAUAGUGUUCUUAAUUACACCACUAUUGCAAGCACAACGUUAUGCUGCUUGGUUGCUCUGUGGACUUCUCUACCUGAGUUAGAGUCCAGCAACAUCUAGAGGGCCACAGAUUGAUUACCCCUGCCCUGUGCGGGUUGUUUCUUUGGGUUCCACUGCCCUGGGGAUUUGAAAACUCUGAAUUUCAUCCCCAGCCAGCAUGAGUUGGGGAUAAGGCAUCACGCUAUUGUUAAAUCUUCUUUGGUGACCUCACUGUGAAAAUUUGACUGUAAAGGGGGGAAGCAAAUGAGGAGAGCACAUUUUGAGCUGGAAAAAAAUCAGAGGGGGAUUUUUCAGUUUCUGAUUCAGCCACCUGCAGCUGCUUUUCAUUUUUUCUUUUGAAAAAGGAAAGGUUGGGAAAUAGUUAAAAUGCGUCAGCCAUGGGACAUCUAAUCCAACCCUUCAAGGUCUCUCUUGCUUUGCCAUCUGCCGUUUCUUUUGAGUGGGAGGCAUAACUAGCCUUUCUGUCAGACUCAUGCAGAGGUUUGGUAUCAUGCGCACCACACAACCCAAACUGAAGCUUUUUAAUCGGUUGUAAAAGUAACUUAACAAAGGGGCCAGUGGCAGGUGGCGGUUUGGGGAGGCAGUGCUCACCUGCUGGUGCUGCUUACCAGGAGUCAGGGGCAAGGUGGUGGGAAGGUCAGUGUGGUGCCUAUGCUGUGGCAGAGCCAGUCAGCUGGUGGGAGGUCAGGUACACUGCUGCUGCACCACCACCGCUAGGCCAUCUACUACUGAAUGAGGCCCAUGUAUCCGAGCCACUGUGGUGUAGUGGUUAGAGUGCUGGACUAGGACUUGGGAGAUCAGGGUUCAAAUCCCCACUCAGCCAUGAAGCCCACUUGGUUGACUUUGGACCAGUUACUAUCUCUCUGCCUCUUUUCUCACCUCGAGCUCCUUUGAGAAAAGGUGGGAUACAAAUGUAAUAAAACAUUUAUUCGACGGUAGUUACUACAAGCACCUUACUGUUGCAUCUGAAGCCACAGCUUUCUCACCUUGUGGCGGUCUUCUCUGAAGCCUUCCAUAACUUACUUACUUUUAUUUAUCAGUUUUAUACAGUAUCCUGGCCUUCCUUCCAAAGGAGCCUAAAUACAGGAUUUCAAACAAGAUCUAACUAACGUCGAGUACUUUCCUUUCUAGUGUAUUGGCAGCAAUGCUCCUGUUAAGAUAUGACAUUGGCUUUUUGUGCUGCAGCAUCACCUUGCUGUCUCAAGUUUCCUUGGUCCACUACAACUCAUGUGCCAGUUUUAGUUGCCCAUCAUGUUAUAUAGCCAUAAAUGAUAGGGCACCGACUUGUGGGUUUAUCAGCCUAGUUCUUCGGUGUGAGAGCUUCCCACCACGCUGACCAACGAGCUAGGGAACUGACUGUUCCAACUUGGAUCCUAAAGUGGCCCUGUGUUUUACAGCUAUUUGCAUUCCCUGCCCCUGCUUCAGUUCAUCGCCGUUCUCCACUUGCAAAGCUCGCUCAGCUAGUUUCUGGUUGCAGAUGCCUCAAGGGUGGAGUGAAUCAAGCUUGCAUGGCUGCCCAUAAAUCAUGUGCCUUCGGAGGAUACAUUCUGCUGUUCCCUUAACAGUCAGACAUGCAGAAAUCAUUACAUGGCCAAUAUGAGUAUACUUGCAACUAGAAAUGCCCACAUAACUUGUUUGGGUCAAGGCUUUUGAAAUUCCAUUCAAAUGUUUGAAGGAAAUACAGUUUCAUCCUCCUAGCACUGUGCCACUUAGAAAACAGGCUGGGGCAGUAGCCUUUAGUUGCAGUGUAAAAUUAUACAAGAUGAUGGUUAUCAUUUUAUUAUUCGUACCCCACCCAUCCGACUGGGUUGCCCCAGCCACUCUGGGCAGCUUCCAACAGAUAUAAAAACUUCCCUAUACAGUGGUACCUUGGUUUACAACCAUAAGCCGUUCGGAGGUCUGUUUGUAAACCAAAACAGGUUGUAACCCAAGGCGCGCUUUUGCCAAUGGGGCCUCCCAAAAAAAUUUGUUUGUAAUCCAAAAAAAAAAAUGUUUUGUAAUCCAAAAAAAGGUUGCAAACCGGGACAUGCACUUCCGGGCUUGACGUGUUUGUAAUCCAAAAUGUAUGCAGACCAAGACGUAUGCAAACCAAGGUACCACUGUACUGUACAGGAAAAUUAUUUGAUUAUUUAUUACAUUUAUAUCUCACUGUUUUUCCAAGGAGCUGAAGGUGGCAUAGAUGGUUCAUCCCCCUCAUCAACCAUCAUAAUCUUCCCCUCAUAAUCCCCACAACAACCUCUGUGAGGCAAAUGAGGCUGAGAGGCAGCGACUGAGCCAAGGCCUCCCAGUGAGCCUCAUAGUUUGGCAAGAUCCUAAGUACUAUACCAUGCUGGCUCUCAAGUUAUCGGAACGGUGUUCUGAAAAGCAAUUUGAAGUAGCUAUGGGAGGUGAACCAGCACUUGUACUACAUGAUGUGUAGGCUUGAACACAGGAGGGCAGAAGUGUAGAGAGACUAGGGAAUAUGCAUCGCACCGAAUCCUAAUUUUGCCAAGUGCAUCUUGCAUUCUCCUAACCUUUGCAUAUUUAGUCUUACGAAGGUUCCCAAUUGUAAGGAAGGCAGGAGGUGCAGCACACCCCACCACUGCUGGGAGUGGGCCUGACAAACACCCCCCCUCUUCCUCUAGUCAUUUUUGCCUCUGCUAUUCAGUAUGCUGCUCUGCAGUACAAACAUCUUGUGCAUGAAUAGCUAGUGCAUCAGGUAAAAGCCCAGGCAGAAGUCUCUCUCUCUCAAGAGAUGCUUCUCUUCCAUUUGCAAAGAGGUUCUCUCUCAUGGGGAGCAUUCAGGGAGAUGCCUCCUCCUGUCUUCUGAAGUGGUACAGCCCUAGGAGGCAGUCUUGGGAAAAGACAUGAAAGCUAGGAGCUAAAUGUCACCUUAAACCUAGUUUAUGGACGCAGCAAUGGAAUGUCUAGGCACACUUUUUUAUAAGAAGAAUACAAAGCUGAAAAUGAAUGAACUGCCCCUAAAAUAUUAUGUUCAUUUUUCACAUGGUGUAGCCCUAAUACAGUGGACCCUCUGGUUACAUACCACUCUGGAUAUGUAACUUUCAAGUUAUGAGUGCGGCAAACCCGGAAGUAUGUUCUUCCGGGUUUUGCCACAUGCACAGGAGUGGCGCCUCUGGUUAUGGACCCCCCAGAACAAAUUAAAUCCAUAACCAGAGGGUCCACUGUAUUCUUAAUAGGGUCUCUUCUUCAGUCUUCAGAGAGUAGCUGGAAGUGGGGAGGCAGAAAAAGGUUCUCCUUUCCUUCCACUCUGCAGUUUUAAUCUGAAAUCUUAGGCGCAGUACUGCGCCCAGAGCUCAGAAACUCCUCGCACUAAUGAAAUUCCCUGUCACCAGAUGCACCUAAAACAAUGGGAGUUUUGAACACUGCUAGGAGGAUUGUGUUGGGUUCUCCCCCCACCCCCUGAACAUUUUUCAUUGGCUUUGAGAUGUUAAUGGUUUGUGGAAAAGGAUAAAUGCUAGUCGUAGAUCUGCUAAGAGUCUAGACUCUGACUUCAUCGAGCAUGUCUGAUUCAAUUUCAACCAAUGUUACACUGACAAUUUGAGGAAUCGUAUAAAAUGGAAGAAAUGCUGUGGUUGGUAAUCUACAGGAGCAGGAGGGGGAUACUGUAAAAACAAAAUGCUAAUCUGUCAGAGUAUCAAAGAAGAAAAAAUCUAAUAACGAUGUGCAGAUCAAUGGCCAGAGCUGCUAAUGCAGCAUGGCAAUGUCAGAGCCAUUAAUUGUGAAUAACUGGGAACGAAACCAUUUUAUGUAGGAAAAGGAAUAUUUCUCAUGCAAAUGCUUUCAUGCAGAGGUUUGCAGUGCUGCAGAAGCAAAGAGUCUCAUUUUGUGUUUGACAAUCUGUUUUAUAAAAAUAAAUCUGAAGCAUAAGGAGUGUAAUAGAUGUACUUAGUUCCAAUAUAUACGAUCAUAUACAAAAAUUACUUUACAUAUUUUGUGUGUGUGUGUGUGAUAUAUAAAUAGAGAUACAUAUGGUUACAUUGACUAAUGAAGUAGUAGGGACGUGGGUGGUGCUGUGGUCUAAACCACUGAGCCUCUUGGGCUUGCUGAUUGGAAGGUCAGCAGUUUGAUUCCCUGUGAUUCCCAGCUCCUGCCAACCUAGCAAUUCGAAACCAUGCCAGUGCAAGUAGAUAAAUAGGUACCACUGCAGUGGGAAGGUAAGUGGCGUUUCCGUGCGCUCUGGUUUCUGUCACAGUGUUCCGUUGUGCCCGAAUUGGUUUAGUCAUGCUGGCCACAUGAUCCGGAAAGCUGUCUGUGGACAAACGCUGGCUCCCUCGGCCUGAAAGUGAGAUGAGCGCUGUACCCAAAAGAUGCCUUUGACUGGACUUAACCAUCCAGGGGUCCUUUACCUUUUACCUUUAAUGAAGUAGUUCUUCACACAGCACAUAGUCAAACUAUGGAACUCGCUCCCCCAGGAGGUAAUGGCUGUCACUGACUUGGAUGACUUCAAAAGAGGAUUAGACAAGUUUGUGGAGCACAGAGCAAUCAAUGGCUAGUAGCCAGGAUAGCUGUGCUCUAACCUCCACAGCUGGAGACAGCAGUGCUUCCAAACCAGGUGAGGGGAGAGUGCAUUUGUGCUUACGUUCUGCUCGCUGGUUUCCCACACACAUUGGUUGGCCACUGAGAACAGGAUGCUGGACUAGACGAGCCAUUAGCCUGAUCUAGCAGGCUUUUUCUUACGUUAAGCAUAAUACCUGUUUCAUUACUGUAAUAGAUUUAUGGCUUAGUGAUUAACUUCAUCAUUCCAAGAUCAGAGAAAACACGUUUGAAGCUUUAAAAUUUUAUAUCGUGCGUCAGAUCUCAUCAAGAUUGUGAAUAUUUUCCUUUUGUACAUUUCCAGCUCUUAUGUUUCUAAUUACUCUUUUAACAGUAUGGUGGGUGGGCAGAUACCUAGAUGUGGAGGAUAUGAGAGAACAGGCCUAGGGACAAACACCACAGUGAAUCGAUACAGGUUGAUAGCUGGCCCUGAAGCAUAAUCUGUUUAAAUUGCCGCUUUAAGAUUCUUGACUUAACACCAAUGCUCAGAUCUGAAUCUUGACAAGAGCAGUUCACCACAGAAUUUUGGAGCGUCUCAGGUGGAAGACAUGGGAAACGUCAUUUUAACACUCAUCUCAGAACCAUACAGUAAGCUGUUUCUGUUUUUCCGGUUGCCUGUUCCUGGUAAAUCUGUCAUCACUUUGUCCUUUGCGUCUGAUUGACAGGGAUGACUUGUUUUCUUUAAAGAAAUUUAGGAUAUUCAGGUGUGCCAUAAUUUCCUCCCUUCCCUACUGACUAUCCAGGUACUAAAGGCUGCUGAGCCAGUUCUGUUGCAAGAUUAAAUGUUUCGAACUAGACUACCAGAAAGCCAGCUUAGGAACUUAGAAAUCAGCAGAAUGAAAAGGAAAUUAUGGCGCAGUGGCAGGAAAUCUGUGGCUCUCAAGAUGCUGGUGAACUCCAGCUCCCAUCAGCCCCAGCCGGUGUGGCCAGUGGAUGGGCGUGAUGGGAGCUAGAGUCCAGCAACAUCUGGAGGGCCACACGGCUCCCAGAUUCUGCUAUAGCCCUCUUUCCUCACAUGAAAGUACAACACAGAUGCAAAGAGGCUGUGGGGAUCACAUGCUCAGCCUGAGAGUUCUAAAUCACACAAGGAACCUACACAGAAAUAAUAAGACUUCCUGCCAUGGUCAUCCAUGGUGGGUGGACCAUAAUCUCCAGUUUCUCAGCUUCCUUCCUUUUUAAAAUCGGGGUACGUUUCUAGCAUGUUGUGGAAUUUAACAGAUAAGACAAAAUAUGCAGACACGAUUCCCAUUUUUGUGAGAAUGAGUCUGCUCAUCAUAUUUUAGUGUUUUACUCCUCACCCCAGAGAAAACGUCCUGCGGGUACACAUGCUCCCUGCUUUAAAUAUUCUCAUGUGAGGGACUGAGAGGAGCUGCACAACUUUGGAGGCAGAGACUAAACAUAGAGCCCUGUAACCCUGCUGUUGCCUUUUUGCACAAGUGACACUCUAUUUACUAAAAACACACCAGCUUCAGAAGCAGCUCCAGGCUUAGUAUGGUUGGCAGAGAAGAGGCUCCAUCAAUGUGUAAUUGUUGGGUUGACUUGAGGAAUCAUGCAGCAGUUCUUGAGACAAGAAGUGCUUUUUCGAGAUGUGCAAUUGUCCCCUUCUUUGGCAACAUGUUGGAAUUUCACUAACUUCAUGCUGCUGUGUUUUGUAGAUCACACGUUUUCGGAUCCAGAAAGGGUGAACUACAAAUUUGAAAGUGGGACCUGGUAAGUGCAUGCUCUUUUUGUAACGUGGGAAAGCAACAGUUUCUUUCCAUUUUGAAUCUGGCCUGCUGUUUUCCUUAGAAUACUGUAACUUAGGGACAAGGAAAUGGAUCCAUACCUCCACCGCCAGGCAUCUUGCUUGUGAACUGACCUGUGGUGUCUGGGUGACUAUGGUUAAGAGCUAAAACGUUGUGCUAGGUGGACUAAUGUUCUGACCCAGCAUUUUUUAAAAAAAUUAUCAUUACAGUUAAACUCAACCCUCCUUCCCAGGAGCAAAGGAUAGCAUACUUUGUUCUAUUCUGUAUUAUCCUUGCAACCACCCUGUGAGGUAGAUUAAGACUUAAGCGCCAGUGACUAGCUAAGCAGGUCAGUUGAAAUUAAGGGACAUAAAUGAGGCAUGGUCGCUAACUUUAGUGGGUCUACUCUGAGUAAAUGUUAUUUUACUACAACCCAUAGCCUUAAAUACAUCUCACUACCUGCAAGGAGCUUACAAUAUAAAAAAUGAUAAGCUGGGAAAGAGACAAAGCAGCAAGACUGCCACAGAUAGUCUAUUCAAAACAUCUGCAGCUUAGUGGUGACAACAUUGGCUCUUGGUUUUUCCCUCCUCUACUUCCAUUUUUGAAGAUUACAGCAUAUUGGAGGACAGGCCCAUAAUUUCAAAACUGGCUGAGAUUCUCUUUUUGGGGGGUAGGGGUGGGGAUAAGUCUCUCCCUGACGUGUUGCGAAAGCAUUUUGAAAAAUGUGGAAUGUGAGCCUAUAGAAGACAUCCCUGGCUCUAGCCAUGGUUCAUGAUGAUAGGCAAGUUUUAAAUAUAUAUCCUUUUGCUUGAUCUGCAGCAGCAAGAUGGAACUUGUAGAUGAUAACACCAUAAUCCGAGCAAGAGGCUUACCAUGGCAGUCAUCGGACCAGGACAUUGCUAGGUUCUUCAAAGGCCUUAAUAUUGCCAAGUUAGUUCUCUCAUUUAGUAACGUUCAUUAUUUUCAGCCAUGUUCUCAAACUGUUUCCUGGAGUUGACGUAUUGGCUGCCCUUGGCGACCAACUGAAAUUUGUAUUUGGCAUGACCCUGCUAAAUACAAUGAAGGCUAAAUGCAACUAUCGUAGGGGUGAGACCCUGCUCCCCGGCUCAUGGCUAAGAGAGAGGACUGGAAAUUUACCUCCCUUGCCCCAAGCCUUAGACCAAGUGUGGGGACUGGACAUGCUUGCUGAGGUUAAUGGGAGUUGUAGUUCAGCAGCAUCUGGCAGGCAAAAGCUUCUGCACACCUGCCUUUGACACUCAGGAAGCCGCGGGAAAACUCAUGGUUUUUGAAAUGACUCCAAGGCUCAGUGAAGGAACAGAGCCUCCCUGGGCUUAGGUGAAAGGCAGGGGCUCUCCUUCAUCCCGCGUUCUUGCCAGAAGAAAAGAGGCACUUGCCAGUGGCAAGCUAGUGAGUGCAUUUGUGGAUCCUUUAUCUUACUUUUUUUUUCAUUUCCUGAGUUGCCCUCGGCUGAGUUAAAAACCAGGUAAAAUACAAUCACAAUGCAGCAAAACCACAGCUAAAAUAGUUUGCUUUCUGUUUGAAAAAAUGGACUUUAAUGUCUUUUUCUGGACUUUCUGAAAUUGGCGUGGAUGCAAAGGUGGUCAACUUAUGGCCCUCCAGAUGUUGGCGGACUAUUAUUCCCACUGAACCUGUGGCCCAACUGUUGCCAGUCACUUGAUUUCUGUCAUAACAACAGAUGACAACUUCAGAUGGGCUUGCUGUCAUCUGAUUGGCACGGACAGCAAGCCCUGCUUUGCCUUUUUGCAAGUGCGUUUUGCAUUCAGACCACAGCUGUGAGAAAAGCUGUGAGCAAAGUUAUGUACAGAGAGGGAAAAUGUCUGUUGCAGAGCCAAUUUGAAUAAACAGCACUUUAGCCUCCUGUUUGUUCCUUUGCAAAGACCUCUUUACCUGACAUCUGGUGUGGGGCUGGCAGGAAUGUUUGGCGGACCCUUCUCAGACAUCCUCUUUUCAUAUUCCCAUGAUUCAUAUGCAUGAAUAAAAAAUAUCCUUGUCUGUACUUCCUUGAAUUAAUUAUUUUUUAAAAACUUUGCAGUAAGAGAACCCAUAUUCUAUAGCAGGAGGGAGUAGCUGAAUUCUCAGUCUGUAUACAAUUAUGUAAUCAUCUUGCUUUUUAGGGUAGGGUUUUUUAAAAGUGCACACUAUUGAUUAAAAAGGUGCUUAAUAAAUAAAUAAAUACUGAGUAUUUUUAAAAUGCCAGUAGUGGGAACAUUUCAGAAGUGAAGGACUUUGCUGCUGAGGUUCACAUGCAAGUAGCUACUCCUGCAAGUAGCUACUCCUGCUUUCAAAAGGGAGGUGUGAAUGCACCUAAGAACACCCAGUGCUGUUUGCCUUUGAUUUAUGUAAGUGCUGGUUUUGCAAGGUGAGACAUAAUGCUUACGGCUGCCUCUGUUUGCUGCCUUAACUCUUUAGAGGAGGGGCCGCACUUUGCCUCAAUGCACAAGGCAGGAGGAACGGAGAAGCUCUUGUCAGGUUUGUCAGUGAGGAGCACCGAGAUCUGGCGUUGCAAAGACACAAGCAUCACAUGGGGAACCGGUACAUUGAGGUAUGUUGCUCAGGCUCCAAAAUUGGUGUUUGGAUUAAAUGGUAUGGAGGGCUUCUCCCAGCAUAAUCAUUUCCCUUUCCAUUUCUCAGGUGUACAAAGCGACUGGGGAGGACUUCUUGAAAAUUGCUGGAGGUAAUUGUUCUUUAAUCUGGUGAUGGGUGUUUUUUUAUGGUAGGGUUUUUAAGUAUGAAUUUACUAUUCUGUACACUACUUUGACAUUUUAUGAUAUAAAGCAGUAUAUAAAUGUUUUUUGCUUUGCUUAUUUAUUGCAUUUAUAUCCCACCUUUUCCUCCAAGGAGCUCCAGGUGGCAUACAUGGUUGUCCCCCUCCUUGUCGUCAUCCUCUCAUCAACCCUGUGAGGUCUGUUAGGCUGAGAGGCUGUGACUGGCUCAAGGUGUGAGUUGCAUGGCUGAGUAGGGAUUUGAACCCUGGUCACCCUUGUCUUACACUCCCAACUACUAUGUCACACAGGCUACCUAGCAUGUUAUUACAUGGUCAAAUGAAACUGUACUAUGGAGCUGAACGUUUUGUCUAUCCAGCCAAAUCCCUGGGCCAGAUCUCUCUCUGCCAUUAAGCUUCCAGAGUGGUCUGAGGGACAGCCUCCCUGCCCCCUCAGAUCAGGUAUUCUCUCUUUGGAGGUGCAAGGAGGUGCAUUUUAUAUAACUUGGCACUGAUCCAGAGGGCACCAGUCAUAUUUUGAGAAUGUGCAGUAAGGUAAUGUUCCAGGGCCGCGGUGGCGCUGUGGUCUAAACCACCGAGCCUCUUGGGCUUGCCGAUUGUAAGGUCAGUGGUUCGAAUCCGCAUGACGAGGUGAGCUCCCGUUCCUCUGUCCCAGUUCCUGCCAAUCUAGCAAUUCAAAAGCAUACCAGCGUGAGUAGAUAAAUAGGUACCACUGCGGCAGGAAGGUAAAUGGCGUUUCUGUGUGCUCUGGUUUCCAUCAAGGUGUUCCGUUGUGCCAGAAGCGGUUUAGUCAUGCUGGCCACAUGACCCGGAAAGCUGUCUGUGGACAAACACCGGCUCCCUCGGCCUGAAAGCAAGAUGAGCACCGCAACCCCAUAGUCGCUUUUGACUGGACUUAACCAUCCAGGGGUCCUUUACCAUUUUACCUAUAGUAAUGUGGCUUCAAAAAGAAUGGGGCACUUUUGGCACACUGGCCAACAUAAUACAGUGGUACCUCGGGUUACAAACACUUUGGGUUACAAACACUUUGGGUUACAAACUCCGCUAAGUAGUACCUCGGGUUGAGAACUUUGCCACAGGAUGAGAACGGAAAUCGCGCUCCGGCGACAGUGGGAGGCCCCAUUAGCAAAAGCGUGCCUCAGGUUAAGAAUGGUUGCAGGUUAAGAACGGACCUCCAGAAUGAAUUAAGUUCGUAACCCGAGGUACCACUGUUUCUGUGUCGGUUUAUUAAGGGGGGGUUGUUGUGGGAAUUAUUGCUUGCUUGUUGUUUUGUUAAGUAUUUUCUGUUUACAUGCUGUAAACCGCUCUUUGACCUUCGGAUGAAGGGUGGUAUAUUAUUAUUAUUUAUCAAAAAUAAUAAUAGACUGGCAUAAAAUUGGGUGUGGAGAGAGCAGCCACGAAGGUCUCAGCUAUUCAGACGCUACCAAUGCAGUGUAGAUGGGACUUGCAUUGUACAACAGUAAUGUAUGAACUGGGCUUUAAUGCAGAACUAUUCAGUUGCAAGUAUGAAGUGGCUGGGCCUCAAGUUCUCCUUGCCCUGCCAUUGUCGUGCAACUCUGGCUGUACUUUUUCUAAGCUCCCUGCGCAAUUUGGAACCCCGAUCACCCAGGGAGCGAACAUGGGUGCAGCAGGUUCCCCAUUGCAGAUGCUUUUUAUGAAUGUUGAAGCCAGAAGGAGCCACGUGAGAAUAGGGAGUCAGUUAAAAGUGUGGCCCUGCAUACCCUCACAUGGCAGGCCUGUAUUUGCCAUGACCUUGCAGCUGUUUGGAUACUGGGGGAAGACAAAGUGAAGGAUCUGAUAAUACAUCAUCGGAGGUUACAGAAAUUGCUUCACUAUGGAGUUAGGUGCAAUAAGCUUUUGGGUGCCGCUGAAUGCUGCUUGGAUAUGGCUUGUGCAGUAGUGUGAUUUAUGAGAAAGAGGUCUGCUUCCUGCUGUUGAGAGAAAGUUCUGGUGCAGGCCCAGUUUUGCAAGAUUUUAUCUGGGUGUGAUCAUGCUAUUAUAGCCUUUGAUCAUGUCACUAUAGCUUUAUGUCUUCGUAGAUGAAGGGCUGUACCAAGACAGGCUGUUGGCUCAUCUGUUGCGUAGAGUGGGGAUGUGGAGCCUGUGGCCCUGCAGAUGUUGCUGGACUACAGCUCCCCUCAUCUUUGACCUUUGGCCAUCCUGGGGGUUGCGUUGUACCUAGAGAGUUGACUGAGGACCUUCUGUCUGCAGAUUGCGUGCUCUGCCCCUGAUCUAUGGUGCAUUCUCAAAGCUCCUUGGCACGAACAGUUAGCAUUCUUAAAAGUAAUAAGAUUUCCACACACCCACAAUUGGGGGAGGCAGGAGGGACUAGCUGCCAUUCAGAAUGCUGACUAAUUAUAGAAAAAAUACCAUAACUGCAACAAUCUUUAUGGGAAACUCCCCUCCUGAUCUGCUACAUAUUUCAAAAAGUUGCUUGUUUGAAUUUGGAAACCUUUGAAGAUAUCGCAGCCAAAUUUCGUGGGGUGGUUCCUGAGAUCAAGGAGCAGGUUUUCAUCCACACUUGGAUGCAACUGGACACCAUUUCACGUUGCAGUGGCUGAACAAACCUUUCAAAACAGCACUGAUUUUAGCCACCUGAUUUCAAAAUGGCACUGGGUUGUUUCUUCUUCUUCUUCAAAUUCCCAAGCAGCCUUGUACCUGGCAUUGCUAAUAGGCCAAAAAAAAAAAAAAAGUGAUUGUAGACUCUUUGGGGCAAAGGCCAGUCCCCUUGCAUUUAUAAGGCACUCCGUACACUGAUAGGGCAAUAAAAAUAGCUUCUAGAUUUGGAAGCUUAGCAUUUCAAAAGCAUUGCGUGCAGGCUCCGAAAAACUAAACAAAUCCCACACGUUGCCUCAGGUAAGGGUGGACCUCGCAAACAGCUAAAGGAAUUUCAUUGCCAGACUUGUCGGGGUGUGUCCCUUGUGGUGGUAUUUCUGGCUCUUGUAUAGAAGUAAAGAAACUUCCAUCCACCUCAUACACUGAAGGGCACCCUUCUCCCAGUCGUAGAGAAUGCUGGGAACUGUUCCCUCACAGAGCUACAGUUGCCAGCACCUUUACAACCUACAGUUCUCAUGAUUCUCCCUGACAGGUAAAGUGGCACUGGAGUGCUUUAAAUGUAUGUUGUAGAUGUGAGUCUUCUUAAAAUGAGCACAGGCCACACAGGGAGAGGAGUUGCUACAUUACAUUUCAUUAUUGAUUGAUUUAAUUUAUAUACCGCCCUAUACCCGGAGGUCUAAGGGAAGUUCACAGAAAAGAUCACAAUAUAUAAAAUCAAAAUAACCCAAAUAACACCCCCCCCCAAGAGCCACAUUUUAAAAGGGUAUAGGAUGUCCAUCAGGUCAAUCAAAGGCCUGGUUAAAAAGGAAUGUUUUUGCCUGGCACCUAAAGGUGUAUAGUGAAGGCACCAGGCGAACCUCCCUGGGAAGAGCAUUCCACUGAUAAGGAGCCACCACAGAGAAGGCCUGUUCUCGUGUAGCCACCCUCCAGACCUCUCGAGAAGGAGGCACAUGAAGGAGGGCCUCAGAAGAUGAUCUCAGGUUCUGGGUAGGUUCAUAUGGAACAAGGCGGUCCUUGAGAUAUUGCGGUCUUGAGCCCAUUUUACUCUGUCCUAUCUGUGGGAAACGAACAACUAUCUCAACUUCUAACUUCCUUGGUUCUUCAAGGCACAUCCAAUGAAGUGGCUCAGUUCCUUUCGAAAGAGAACCAAGUGAUCCUUCGUAUGCGUGGCCUCCCGUUCAACGUCACCUCCGAUGAAGUGUUGGCAUUCUUUGGUCAGCACUGUCCCGUGACGGGUGGAAAAGAAGGGAUCCUUUUCGUGACGUAUCCUGACAGUAGGCCGACAGGGGAUGCGUUUGUGUUGUUUGCCUGUGAGGAAUAUGCACAGAAUGCGCUAAAGAAACACAAGGACUUGUUGGGCAAAAGGUACAUAGAGCUCUUCAGGAGUACAGCUGCUGAGGUCCAGCAGGUGAGUUAAGGACUUGAUUUAAUGUCAUAAAAGGAAUCUGUUGGGAAACUGAAGUUUUGUGGGACGGAGGAAGUUAUAGCAGGAGUCCAUUCAGUGUUGGGUCCAGGACCAAUACAAGAUUAUUUACUGUUUUAUUUCAUAAAAUUUCUACAUUGUUUGAUUGUAUAACAACUUGGGUAUUUCUGAGCUUCCAACUGUCAAGAGGUAUUCAGGAGAUGAGUAACUAUAUAGCCUGCAGAAGACAUCUGAAGGCAGGGAAGCUUUUUAAUGUUUAAUGUUUUAUUUAUAUAUAAUAUGUUGGAAGCUGCCCAGGGUGGUUGUGGCAACCCAGUUAGAUGGACAGGGUACAAAUAAUAAAUGACGAUGUCAGCUUUUAAGUCUUGCUCAGAAUUGCGCAUUCAGAUCCCAGCUGCAACAUCUCUGAGCAAUGGGCUGUAGCUUGAGAGAAGAAGCAUGAUACAAGAAUGUAGAAUUACAAAAGUGAUGAUUGGAAAAUGUGUUUGUAGCGUACCAGUAACUCAUUCAGUAGUCCCUUUCUGUUUUCAUUCUAACAAGUGGGAGCGGGAAUGUUACAGUUGGAGUGCAGUGGAUCACAGCAGAGCGUUUUUCAGAGGCCAAUUCCACUACCAUCCUUGCAAACUUUUUAAAUUGCCAGGGAGCCAUUCCUCUUUUACAGUUUAAAACCUUUAAAAGGUCUGGUGGUGCUGGUGAGGCUGGAGAAUGCUUGCCCGAUGGUUCACCAAGCCCAGUCCCUCCUUGCCACCCUUCCUUGGUCCCUUUUGGGAUCCACCACCCUCACAAGAACCCUUGGCAGGGUUGCAGGGGAGGGCCUUCUCAGUGGCUGCUCCUCGACUUUGGAACUCCUUCCCUAGAGAAGUCAGGCUGGCUCUUUCCUUGUUGCCCUUCAGCCAGCAGGUGAGGACCAUCUUAUUCCGAAGGCUUUUGGGAGCAGACGGCUUUUAAUGAAAGGGCUGGUGCUGUGCAGCUUCUAUUGUUAUUAUCUGUUUUUUAUAGAUUUUUAAAAUAUGGUUUUAAUUAUAUUAAUGUUUAAUUGGUUUUUAUUUAUUCCCCCCUAAUGUUUUUAGCUCUUCUUAUUUUAUCUGUAAGCCACCUUGAGUUGCUGUCAGUGGGAAAAGUCAGGGUACAAACAAACACACACACACACACACACACACACACACACAGCCAUAUGAAUAAUAAAAUAAUAAAAUGAAUAAUAAAAUGGUUGUUAUUAUUCUUAUAUGGGCCUCAUGCUGGAAGGAUGAGGCAGAUCAUUAUUGCGUGCAAAUGUAUAGUUUGCCCUUCCGCCCUAAAGGGAGCCCAGGGCGGUUCACACCAAUAAAAUCACAUGAACACAAAUUAAAACGCUCAUCUACUAGUACUACAGUCGGCAGUUUAAAAGCAGCAGUAUAAAACCUUCGCCAGGCUACUGUCUCAAAUGGCAGGCCUAACUCGGGUGGGCUGAGAGUGAUGUCUCUGUGCUGCUCUCUGCUGUCAUUAUUUGGGGAUGCAGCAUGAGACGUGCAAUAUGCAGCCUAUACCUUCUGCCGGUUCACGAAUGGAAGAGUCCUUUCAUAAUCAUAAUUUAUUAUUUACACCCCGCCCAUCUGGCUGGGUUUCCCCAGCCACUCUGGACGGCUCUCAACAGAAUAUUAAAAACACGAUAAAACACCAAACAUUAAAAAAUUCCCUAAACAGGGCUGCCUUCAGAUGUCUGCUAAAAGUUAGAUAGUUGUUGAUUUCCUUGACAUCUGGUGGGAGGGUGUUCCACAGGGUGGGUGCCACUACCGAGAAGGCCCUCUGCCUGGUUCCCUGUAGCUUUGCUUCUCGCAGUGAAGGAACCGCCAGAAGGCCCUCGGCGCUGGACCUCAGUGUCCGGGCUGAACGAUGGGGGUGGAGACGCUCCUUCAGGGACACUGGGCCAAGGCCAUUUAGGGCUUUCAAGGUCAGCACCAACACUUUGAAUUGUGCUCGGAAAUGUACUUGGAGCCCAAUGUAGGUCUUUCAGAACUGCUGUUAUAUGGUCUUGGCGGCUGCUCCCAGUCACCAGUCUAGCUGCUGAAUUCAAGAGUACAGGAUCUUCUGGUGUGCCUUGGGAUUCCUCCUGCCAGUAAGAAGCCACCUCUUCUUUUUUCUCUUGGCCUCUUUGUACCCCAUACACCAGCUGCCUACUCAGAGGAGUGAUCAGGCAUGAGCUGUCUUACUUUGCUUUUAGUUAAAUGGGAACCUAACAAUGCUAACAAAAUACGAUGUGACGGUGCAGGCUAUAGUCCGAAAUACAGGGAAGCCACUCGGCUGUUAACAUAUUUUUAUUUUAUUUUAUUGCAGGUACUGAACAGAUACUCAUCUGUGCCUCUCAUUCCUCUCCCCGCUCCGCCCAUCCUCCCUGUACUACCUCAGCAAUUUGUACCUCCCACCAGUGUCAGAGACUGCAUACGGCUGCGGGGGCUUCCGUAUGCCGCCACUAUAGAAGACAUUCUGGGUUUCCUAGGGGAGUUCUCUGGAGAUAUCAGGACUCAUGGGGUUCACAUGGUAUUAAAUCACCAGGUAAGUGGAGAGGACAAUCCCAUUUUUCUCACAAGGGCGCAGUAGCAGUGGGGAGCCUCUAGCCUAAUCGGGCCCACCAGGCCUCUCCACUUGGUGCUCUUUGAGGCCAUUUCAGCCAAGCCACUCUCACCUCCCUAUGCCUAUAAGUUUGGAAGAUGUGUGACCGAGCCAAAUAGGGGUUUUUUUUUCAGAUGCUGAUGAUCAGCUGAUGUGGGGGGCUUGCAAAGCACUGUGCAGUGAGGCUCCCAGUUCCCCCCUGCUGCUGUAUAGAACCCCCUCCCUGUGUGUUCUUGGCUUUUAUAAAGGGUUGUCCUCAGAGAACUAAAUAGUGGUGAACUCUGCCGUGGCUCGCGGCUCCUAUGUAUUAUUAUUAUUAUUAUUAUUUAUUUAUUGAACUAAAAAGGAACACUUUUGCCUGGCACUUAAAGGUGUAUAAUGAAGUUGACAGGCGAACCUCCCUGGGGAGAGCAUUUCACAGACGGGGAGCCACUGCAGAGAAGACCCGUUCUCUUUUUUUCUUUCCAAAAUUUUUUAUUGAUUUUAACAGAUAAAACAUAUAAAACAUACAAAAGAAAACACACUACAAUAGUACAAGAAAAAAAAUAGAAACAUAUUCUUUCAAAAGUUCAUUUUAAAUUUUAUUGUUAACUGACUUCCUCAAAUCCCCUCUAACUGAAUUUCAUUGUAUCACCUUGUAACAGUUCUCCAAAAUCAUCUUACUACUACAAUUAACUCCUUCAAUUCACUAUCGUCAUCUCUUUUCUUAUUGACUUAGCUCCAUAUUAAUAUACAACAUUCUUAUUCUAAUUCUUGGCCUGUUUGGUAUUUUCAAGUAUUUUCUACUUAUCUUAUAUUACAAUAUUUAACUAAAUAGUCUUUAAAUUUCUUCCAGUCUUCUUGGUAUUCCUCUUCUUUCUGAUCGCGGAUUCUUCCAGUCAGGUCUGCUAGCUCCAAAAACUCCAACAUCUUCAUCUGCCAUUCUUCUACCGUUGGCAUUUCUUGAGAUUUCCAAUUUUUAGCAGUCUUGCCACUGUGAGAAGGCCCGUUCUCAUGUUGCCACCCCCUGAACCUCUCGAGGAGGGGCACACGAAGGAGGGCCUCAGAAGAUGAUCUCAGGGUCCGGGUAGGUUCAUAUGGAAAGAGGCAGUCCUUGAGGCAGAAUUCACGGCACGUCAAAAUUUGUACCUCCCACCUCGUUAUGAUGCUAACUGGGCACUACUCCUGCAGCCCUUGGUUGUGCCACAGCUGUUCUACACUGGUCGCAUGAUUAUGGGAUGGAGUUGUACAGUUGACUUGCUUUCUCGGGUGCCUAGCAACGGCCAGCGCUGUUUCCCGGCUACUGCUUGUCGAUGUAGAGAUGGGUUUGGGUUUCACAUUGACUACAAGCCUGGCUCAGAAAGAUGUCCUGCAAUUAUUUAUCCUAGGAUGUAACAUGAACUGUUUUAAUCUGUGCUCUUCAAAAUAACUUCCUGGUACAUAGGAACUCUGUCGGACUGUUGCCCAACAGGCAUAUUGCUGCUUUACAGCAAGGAAUAAAAGUUGUACCUUUCCCCCACUAUUGAAACAUAACAGCUGCUAGGUGAAACUUAGAAGAGCUAUCAUCUCGGAUGAUUUUUUCUUUUAAAAAUUGAGUAAAUCCUUUUGUCUUGAUGCUGCAGCCUCUCACCUUUCUCCUUUUCCCCUUUUAGGGUCGUCCCUCCGGAGACGCUUUUAUCCAGAUGAAAUCUUCAGACCGAGCAUUUAUGGCUGCUCAGAAGUGCCAUAAGAAAACCAUGAAGGACAGAUAUGUCGAAGUCUUUCAGUGUUCUGCAGAGGAGAUGAACUUUGUAUUAAUGGGGGGCACUUUAAAUCGAAAUGGCUUAUCCCCACCACCAUGUAAGUUACCAUGUAAGUUUAGCUUGGGUCUUGGCGCUACUUUCUGCUGUACGCUGGUAGGUGUCGGAGCUUCUUUCACCCAUUCUGUUUUUGUGUUCCUCUCUUGGAAGGGAUCAGCGUGUGUGGGGUCUGGAAUGCAAAGCUUUUCCCAUCUGAAAUCGGUAGCAGCCUUUGAUUUUUGUUCUCCCUUUUGGCUGUGGACUACUGUGAUUUGGAUAGUGAUUGGCUUCUUUACUCUCGCUUUUCUGCUGACCCACACCUUCCUACCCCCACACCUUCUGGAGUUUAAUUUGCACUGGGCAAGUGUUGAUUUCGAGCACUUCAGCUCAGAAUUGCAGGAUCAUGUUUUAAACCAGGGGUCCCCAACCUGUGGCCCAUGGGCCAGAAGUGGCCACCGAGGCCGUUUAACCAGCCCACAAGCCGCCCCUGAACUUAGUCGCCCGCUUGGCGAGUCCCCGUGUGCUGCUCUAAACCAGCGCAGCACGGGGACUCUCUUCCAUGGCUCCAGAAAUCGCAUCUGCGCAUGUCCGCGGCGCUGGAAAUCGCUUCUGCACAUGCCCAGAUGCACGAAAAUCAUUUCUGCGCAGGCACGAUUUUCGGUGUCUGGGCAUGCGCAGAAGCAAUUACCACCAUCGUGCUGUGCUGGUCAGGCCCACGAAGGAUCUCUGCGGGAGUGAUCUGGCUCAUGCCUUGCCGGCUCCUGUUUUAAACUGACUGGCAGCAGAAGCCAAUAUCAAAUAUGGGUACCUGGAAAUGCAGAGGAGCAUGCACAGGGCAUUUCAUUACAUCAAAGUUAGCCAAAAUUCAUGAUGGGUUGUUAGGGAACAAAGAGCUUUUAGCUCAGAUGGGUGAGACCUAUGUAUUCUGGCUGACAUAGUAAAAUACUACAAGUAUGUAUAUUUCAGUAUAUUUACGCUUAAGAACCUCAGAAGGUAUAGGUGACUAUUUUCAAUAGUCACAGCCUUGGUGAGAGAGGUAGUUAAUUUAACAUGGAGUCCAGGAGUGCAUCCUAAUGACAUGGGUGAUUUGCCGGUAGUCACAUCUGAUCAUAAGUGUUCUACGUCAGGCUGAAAGUGGAAUAGCAUCUUAACUUCCAGAAUCCAAAUGGUACUCAAGUGGGCAGUUCCUCAGUCCCAAAUGACUUUCAGGUGUGGUGACUUUCAUUGGGACCACUGAGUACAAGGUGCGGGGAGAGAGAAAUCCUCCCUUCUCUCUGCACUCCGGAUCUGGCCCAAUCACCUUCUAAAUCCAGCCCGCAGAUGGUCUGGGAAUGAGCGUGUUUUUACAUGAGUAGAAUGUGUCCUUUUAUUUAAAAUGCAUCUCUGGGUUAUCUGUGGGGCAUAGGAAUUCCUUCAUUGUCCCCCCAAAAUAUAGUUAGGCUCCCAACAAGGUCUGAGGAACAGUGGACCAGCCCCUGCUGAAAAGUUUGCUGACCCCUGUUCUAAUCACUAUGUCGAUUAGAUGCCCCAUUCAGAAAUGAGUGAACAAAGCCUGGUUAUUCCACUAUCAAUGGCCAGUGAGAAGCUUCCAAGUUGAGUUUAGUCCAAUAUUUCUCCCUCUGUUCACAUUCACAGAGUAGUUGCGUCUGGUAAAAGUCUCCCAGGUGUAUUGAUCGGUUGAUCUUGGACUAGCUUCUGUUUGCUCUGCAAAGUAAAACAUAAAGCGAAAAAGCUGUGUCAAAAGAAAUCCAGAUUUGGAAGCCAGCAAUACUGGGUCUAUUUGCUUGUUUUGCUUAAUUCCCAUUUGACCAGCUCAUGAUCGUCACUAGGGAGUUAGUUGGGGAGGAGAUGGACUCCAAAUGCCCUGAGCCUGAUCCAGCCCUCAGUAGAUCUGUUGCCCCUGCAGGCGUCUUCCUUCCUGUUUGAUUUUAUUACCUGAAAGCCUUCUGUACCCUUAACUCCUAACCAUCAGUAGUGUGAAAAAGAAGCGGGAAGUGGGACUCUGGGAAGCAGGAAGGGCCCCUUCCUCCUUGUGCAGUGUCUCCUCCACCCCUUCUCCACUGAGGAUGCAAACUGCAAACUGGCACAGGUGUCAUCACAAAAACUGAUGCCAGAAAGAUAUGCCACAGAUCCUCCAGGGAUUUGGGGUCUGGGCAGGGGGAGAAAUUUGCACAGGACAAACACUUUUCUCAGCUAGCAAGGAAAUGCCAAUUAAGUUGAAUUAAAACUAGUAUUUACAGCAGGGAUGGCAAACAUGGUGUCUUCCAGAUAUUGAUGGACCACAGCUCCCAUUGCCCCAGGCAAUCUGACCAAUGGUCAGGGAAUGAUGGGAGUUGUAUUUCAGCAACCUCUGGAGGGGAUACCAUGUUUGCUACCCCUGCUGUACAGUAUACAGUCAUACCUUGAAGUCGAAAGGAAUCCAUUUCGGAAAUCUGUUUGACUUCCAAAACGUUCGGAAACCAAAGCGCGGCUUCUGAUUGGCUGCAGGAGGCUCCUGCAGCCCAGUUGGAAGCCGUGUCGGAUGUUCGGCUUCCAAAAAUAGUUCACAAACCGGAACACUCACUUCCGGGUUUGCGACGUUCGGGAGCCAAAACGUUUGAGAACUAAGCUGUUCGAAAACCAAGGUAUGACUGUAUUGUUAUGCCUGCCUGCUCAGAUGUAAGCCCUACUGAGCUCAAUGAGGCUUACUCGCGCCAAUAAGGUAGCAUCUGCAGGGUGAAAUAUGUCCAGCUUCUUUCUUUGUUUCUUUGUUCCCCUCCCUCUCUCUCCCACCCGCUUUGGCCAGAGUGAAGUUGAGUGUCACUUGCUUGGGGAGGGGGAAGGCUCUCUGCUGGAACUGAGAAUGCAGAAAGUCUUUAAGGCAGGAAAGAAGCUUGCACAGGUCAAGUGUGUGUGGAUUGUGAAAUGAUUUGUCAGGUGACUUCAGUGGGGGACUAGGAUUACCUGGUAGUUCUGGGAGGAGGACUAGCCAAAUCUGUAAUGGCCUCAGCUUUUGUGGACUCAAGCCUACUUCAUCAGAUGCAUCUUUGAUUUGUUUUUGCUGUAAGAAGCUAACAACUACAACUCCACAAAUUAUUUUGCAUUUCAAAAGCCAUCUUGAGGGCAGCAUUCUCUUGUCCGUCUGUUCUCAGGAUUCUUGUCCAAAGGAAGCUUAUCAGCUUGUGCUCUCUUAGCUUUCAGGAGGUCAGUUAAGACUUGGCUCUUUUAUAAAGUAAUUGGAAUAGCUGGUUGUGUUGACAUGGAAAGGUUGUAGCUCAGUGGCAGAGCACCUGCUUGGUGUGCAGAAGGCCUAAGGUUCAAUCCCUGGCAUGUCCAGGUAGGCCUGGGAGAGACAUCUGCCUGAAACCUUGGAAAGUCACUGGUUGUCAGUGUUGACAGCCAGUACUCAGCUAGAUGUAGCUAAUGGUUUGACUCAAUAUAAGGCAGCUUCCUAUGUUUGUUGGAUACUGGUGAAUUGAGCAGUACUUCCAUUUUUAUUGGGUUGUAUUGGUUUGGCUUUAUUAUUAUGGGUUUUCAUGUUGUAUAUGGAAUUUUAAUUUCUAUAAGCUGCCUUGGGGGUUCUGCCAGGGCCAUAAAACAGAGUGUAAACAUUAAUAUCAGGGCAGAGACCUUUGAAAACACAUUCUUUCUAGAAAGGCUUUGAUCCUGACUUAUUCCUUUUAGAAGUUAAACACUCCAUACUUCAGUAUAUGCCAGUCUCAAAAACAAGGAAGGCAUUAAGUCUGGAAGAGGAUGGUGGAACACAUUUUUCAUCCUCAUUGUUGAGAACAGGACUAUAAUAUGCAGACAGAGCUCCUUUUUCUGUAUUGUGUAUCUUCUACUAAUCCUGCAGCUUGACAUGAGAUAACAUCCACUUCAAAUGGGUGUAGUUUGGGUCAGUGUUUGGUCCCAAAUUCCCAACAUGUCAGCUACUUAGGUUUGUGUCUGAUUUAGGAAUAGCCCAAACUAAACGUGCAAUAAGAUCUUGGAGGCAGACCAGUGUUCAGACAGAAGAACUCUUUGAGUAAUCUUUCUUUAUGUAUAAAGUUGGCGUUCACAGGGGCUAGUUUGGUUGUAAUGCUAAACGUGGUUCAGCACUAUGAGAACAAACCUACCACUCCUUGGGCUUCCAUGCUCUCCCCUCAGCUCGCAUAGCCACAGGGGGGUGUCUGGAAGAUCUCGCUUCCAUUUUACCAACCACAGCCUGCCUUGCCAUCUGGUUAAACUUAACUGGUUAGUAGAACUAAAUCUCCAAACCAUAGUUUGUGAAACUGGCUAGUUUUUGCUAACCAUGGUUUUAAGUUCAGUCACAGUUUAGGGUUCAUGCGGCAUUCUAAACUAAUCUAAUCUAAAAUAGCCCCAACCACCAUGACUACUAGUGGUCAGAUGAUGGGAGUUUAUAAUCCCAAACAUUUGGAAGGAAACCUACACUAAAUGAUCAGGCAGGAUUCUCCCUAGGCCACACCUCUCACCACCUCUACACCCUCUUUGAGUGUGUGAUUGGUUUAAUUGUUUUUUUUGAUUUUUGGAUCUGAAUACUUCUUUCCAAUGAAGGCCGCAAUAUAACUCAACAGAUUAAGAACAGUGGUCAGCAAGAAGUAUGGCUUUUUUGUGUAUGUGUCAAUUAGUGUAGCUUUUCCUAGAAGUGGCGCUGUGGGUGGCGCUGUGGUCUAAACCACUGAGCCUCUUGGGCUUGCUGAUCAGGAGGUCAGCGGUUCAAAUCCCCGCAAUGGAGUGAGCUCCCGUUGCUCUGUCCCAGCUUCUGCCAACCUAGCAGUUCGAAAGCAUGCCAGCGCAAGUAGAUAAAUAGGUACCGCUGCGGCGGGAAGGUAAACGGUGUUUCCGUGCACUCUGGUUUCUGUCACGGUGUCCCGUUGCACCAGAAGUGGUUCAGUCAUGCAAGCCACAUGACCCGGAAAGCUGUCUGUGGACAAACACUGGCUCCCUCAGCCUGAAAGCGAGAUGAGUGCCGCAACCCCAUAGUCUCCUAUGACUGGACUUAACUGUCUAAGGGUCCUUUACCUUUACCUCCUAGAAGUGUGAGGGCAAAAUAUAGCUUGUGGUAUAAUUGCAUCUUUCUGCUGUGAAAUGACCACCUGGAUCCGGGAGUGUAGCCUGGCCUUAAUCAUGCUUUGUGCUUUUAAAAAAGGUUGCGCGCAGAAGCACUGACCUUCUUCAUCUCUGUCUUGUUCUGUCGUUUAGGCAUGUCUCCUCCUUCCUACUCCUUCCCUGCUCCUGCGGCAGUUAUCCCGACGGACGCAGCACUCUACCAACCCUCCGUGCUCCUCAACCCACGGACACUUCAACCUUCUACAGCAUAUUAUCCAGCUGGCACUCAGCUCUUUAUGAAUUACACAGCAUAUUACCCUAGGUAAGCAAAACGCCAAAAAAGAGAGAGUGAGGGACAGACUUCUUUUGUAGCGGAAUAUAGCAAGCUAUGAACAUGCUAUGUUGCAGCAAAACAAGCUGUUGCUUAUCACUGAUCAGGAUGCAUUACGGAUUGCUGCUGUUAUGUUACGGGUAGGCAGAGUGAGUUUGGGCUUAUGACCUGAGUGAAAUGUUUUACCAGUUGAAAAGGAUGUUGACCUGUCUUAAAAUAACACUGACUUGGAUCCUAAGUGGCUUUCUUGUUCGUGCAAGGAAAGGGUUUGUGUGUGUGUGUCUGCAAUUUCUGUCAACUUCCUUCUUGAUCUGCAAAUUAAGAGAGACUAAGGUUGCAAUUUUGUGCACUGGCAUUUCCUAAAUCUAUGGGUCUCCAGAUGUUGUUGACCCCACAUCAUAACAACCAGCCACAGCCCUAUGGUUGAGGAUGAGGGAAGCUGUAGUCCUUUAACAUCUGGGAACCCAAGUUUGGAGAAAGAUUGCUGUACACGCACACUUACCUGAGUGUAUGUCCCAGAUAACUCAAUCAGACAUAUAUAAGAGUACAGAGCACCUGUAAUUGGUCAGAAAUUAUGUACAAGGGUGCAUUGCACUAAAGCAAGGGUAGCCAGUAUGGUCCUCCAGAUGUUCUAUUCUGUAACUCCCAUCAACCCCGACCACUGACCAUGCUGAGUAAAGCUGAUGCAGUGGAUUGGCUACCGUACUGUUUCCCAGACUUGGGUCUCCAGCUGGUUUUGGACUACAGCUCCCAUCAUCCCUAGCUAGCAAGGACCACUGGUCAGGGAUGAUGGGAAUUGUAGUCCAAAACACUACAAUUGGGAAACACUGGACUACCCCCAUACUAUUUAGUAAAUGGACUUUUGGAACCACCUAGCGGGGAAUAUCUGAAUAUUUACUCUGUGCGUUGGCAGCUAGUCUAGCAGUGACGGGGGGUGGGCAUGUGCCACAGGCAUUCCCCUUGGAAAUUUAAUGGAGCCUAGCAGGGUUAGAGGGGAUGAGCCCCAGAGAGCAGCAUAAAGGAAAAGGAAGUCCAGAAACUCAGCAUAUCGGAGGAAUGGAGGCUCAUAUGAUGGUGGAGCUGUAGUAGUUCUUGAGCACUGGGAAAGGAGCUGGUUUGUGAUCCUGGAAAAUGUUCUGGCUGAGACAAGGAUGAGGACAGAAGAAGGUAUUGAAAUAGAAGCCAAACCAAACCCGAAGUCUUUUGGGGAAUAUUCCAGUACCCAGUUAGGCUGUGACUCCUGAGGUCCUGAACUUCCUUAUGGAGUUGUAUUUUUAAGUUCAAGUUCGGUACAGGCUGUUCACUAAAACUCCUCUGAGACAGAAAUAUUGUAAAAUUAAUGAAUGUUAGAAUGAUGUUGGAUAGAAAUUAAGUGGUUUCCAGCUGUAAUGCUUUAAGGGAAUAUGAAAAAAGGGUUAUAAAUAGGUAAAAAUCUAAUGCUAUUAUUUUUUAGAUCAAGGAUUAGGAUAAUUAAAGAGGGUAAGGAUUUGCUGAACCAACAGAUUGAAGUGGAAAACAAAAAGGGAGGUAUGAGGAGGUCCGGGAAACAAGCUAAAGGAAAAUAAGUAAUGGAAAAUCUGUGUGUUUUUAACCAUUUUUAUUUUGUAUUUUUGUUAUUUUUUUCAUUUUUAUUGUAAUAUUUAAAAAAAAUCUUAAUAAAUAUCUUAUAAUAAAAAAAAUAAAACUCCGCUGAGAGCCUGACCUGAGUAACCAAGCACAUCUGGAAAAGGUUGCUAUCUAAUCAAUCUUCUCUACAAUAAUCGUGAUUAAUAGAAAUCCAUGUGUACCUUGGGGUCUUUAUUCAAGCCCACCGGAUGCAGGGGGGUAAAACUGUGAACAUUUGAUAGCAAUUGCCAUUUUGUGAUUGCUGAAAGCCUUCUCUGGAAUCCAACUUUUACUUAACUGUAAAUGUUAAACAGACACUAGGAAUCAAGUAAUAGUGCUAGCAGACAAUAGACACACCUUACGCUCUUUAUGGAAUGAGCCUGGGAUGAUGUUACAAGCUAUGCUUUGUGUUAACAACUGUUCCCCUUGCAACACAUAUUAAUUGUAAUUUUUAUAGUAUGCAGCAGAGAAUGGAUCUGUACACACAGAUGAACCGGCCAGGUCAGUGCCCAAAGAACGGAUUUGUCUUCAAAGGUCCAAGCAGUUAGAUUUUCCUAACAAAGGUAAGGUUCAGCAACAUCUUCUCCCAAAUGAACAAUGUACGCACUGAACUUUGGGAGUAGCUAUUGGGGAGUGGGUGCUUACAAUUACCCCCAGAUCUUUUUCCUUCCUCCUUCCCUUCAUUCCCCUGCAUGUCCUUCCAAGCCUUUUGAAGCAGGAUCGGCAGCUAAAAUAGUCCUACGUUGCCAUUUCCAAGUGUUGAGGGGCGGCACAGUGCUUUAGUAGCUGACUGCCCUUGUGCGCAUGCCAACUUGUGGUUGCAUGCUUGGCAUAUUGUAUUUAAGGCUGCAUCUGUGUUCAUGCUCAGCUUAUUGUGUUUAAGGGUAGCUGUUGCCUGAAUCCAUCUAUUGAGGGACAGCCCUCACAUGGUAAUGAACUGGUAGAUUGGGGCCGGCAGGGUGGAGUCUGUUUAAGACUAUAAGCAAAAUGAAUUUCAGCACUAGUUUACAGAACUCUCAGAGCUUGGGUGUAACCGACGCCUCCCUUUCCAUGGAGGCACAGAUUGCAGCCACAGCAAAGGUGGCAUUUUUCCCUCUCCGCCGUAUUAAGCAGUUGGUCCCUUACCUUUCUCGCCCUGAUCCUGGCCACAGUGAUCCAUGCGAUGGUCACCUCCAGGCUUGAUUAUUGUAACUUGCUCUAUGCGGGGCUGCCCUUGAAGCUGACCCUGAAACUCCAGCAGGUGCAGAAUGCCGCGGCGAGGCUCCUUACGGGGUCCUUGCCACGGGAUCACAUUCAUCCAGUGCUUUACCAACUGCACUGGCUCCCAGUGGAGUACAGGGUCAGGUUUAAGGUGCUAGUUUUGACCUUUAAAGCCCUAUGCGGCCUAGGACCCUCUCUUGGUAUGCCCCGCGGAGGACCUUAAGGUCCACAAAUGACAACACUUUGGAGGUCCCAAGUUGCAAGGUGGUUAGAUUGGUCUAAACUAGGGCCAGGGCCUUUUUGGUGCUGGACCUGACAUGGUGGAACACUCUGUCACAAGAGACUAGGGCCCUGCAGGACCUGCAAGACAGAGCUGUUCUACCUGGUCUUUGGUUUGGACUCAGUCUGACCCUUACGUUUCCCUCCCCUUAUGGUUUUGAUCUAUGGGCUACUAUUAAAAUGAGACUGCAUUUUAAAUUACCGUAUUUUUUGCUCUAUAAGACUCACUUUUUCCCUCCUAAAAAUUAAGGGGAAAUGUGUGUGCGUCUUAUGGAGCAAAUGCAGGCUGCACAGAUAUCCCAGAAGCCAGAACAGCAAGAGGGAUUGCUGCUUUCACUGUGCAGUGAUCCCUCUUGCUGUUCUGGCUUCUGAGAUUCAGAAUAUUUUUUUGCUUGUUUUCCUCCUUCAAAAACUAGGUGCGUCUUGUGGUCUGGUGCGUCUUACAGAGCAAAAAAUACGGUGUAUUUUAACCCGUAUUUUAAAUUGGUUCCCCCCCCAUUAUGUUUUUAUUAUAAUUUUACUGGUGUUAGCAGCCCUGAGCCCAGCUCUGGCCGGGGAGAGCUGGGUAUAAAUAAAAUUUUAUUAUUAUUAUUAUUAUUAUUAUUAUUAUUAUUAUUAUUUGCCUCUUUCUUUUAGGCUCCACUUAAACUUCCUGCACAACUUCAGCCAACCAAAUGCCGGUCCCUCUGACUUCACUCCUAAUUCUACAGUGGCUGAACCCUUCUAGCACAUGGGAAGUUUCCACUGUCUUGGAUAUCUACCUGUCAUUUUGUGUUUUCGUGGUGUUUUCUAAUUAUUAUUUGGAAACAAAAACUAGGCAUAUGCACAGUUGGCCAUAGGGAUGCUUCUCUCCCUCCGCACACCCCAGGUGCAAGCUUGCCAUUUAAAGUUUCUGGGACAUUCACUACGUUGAUAGCACAGUUGCCAAAUUCACAAGGGAGGGAUAUUGCUGAAUGUUUUCUUUGCCCUGGCAUUCAAAGUGUUAAAUUCACCUAUCACACAAAGGGUCCUCCUUGAGAUUAAAUCACUACAAAAACAAAACAAAAACCCAAAUUGUUAAAAAAAAUAUCAUGACAAAACCAACCUUUCAUUUUUAUUUGCACACAAAAUUAUUAUUUUUAUAUAUCCAUAAAAUAAAGGCUUCUUAAGACCUUGGGAUUGUGCCUUUGGGUUUUUUUUUUUAAUAUAUAUAAAGAAUUGUUUGCUUUGUGUUUGUAUAUAUUUAUUUGUUUAAAAAACUGGAUUCUAGCCAGGCUUACUUGACAGUCUAGAUUUGGUUAAGAAUGUGAAAUGCAAUACUUUGGGGGAGAAAAUGCUGUAACAUUUUUGUAAAAUAGAUUAUAUAUUAUUAUAUGCAUAUAAAGUGUAAAAUGUAAUGUUCUAAACUUGUAUAUUGCACAUUUGGACUACUGUAUAUUUAAGUUACUGUCCCAGGAUUAUUUUAAUGUGGGGGAAUGAGGGUAUUGUAACAAUACACAAACCCUUCCAUUCUUCUCUCAUAAGAUACAAAACUUAGAAUUACUGGUAUGAUAAUAAAAUCUGACACUUGGAAAUAAUGGGAACACAAUACUUGCUCACAGUGGUCUUGACUACGGAGGCAGUAAUUAGAUUGGAUGGUAUUGGAGGUUUAUCGGAGAUUAUUGGGAGAAUUGUAACCCAGAAACUCUCCUUUUAACUUUUAGUACCUGCCCCGUCUGCUGAGUUAAAAGAAUGAAUUGUUACCGAAAGCAUUAAAAAAAAAUUAAAAAACAGACCAUAUCACUGUUGUAGAAGUGCGUUUUUUGAGCUGCUCUACAUGGAUUUUGUACCACCCUGCUAUGUGGAUGUUUUGCUCCUUGACUGACUUUGCAUUUGCAUCUUCAACAAGUAUUAAAACUGUUUUAAAUCCAUUUGUGGACCCC